AUGGCUUCUUGGCCGAGGUUUUUGGUACUUUUUCGAAAAAGGUAUCUCAAGCGGUACUUCGCCAUAAUUACGCUACUAGGAAGUCUGUCUUGCAUAUUUCUUUACAUACGGUACACGCUUUCUGAAACAUUCAACUUUUCUUCCAAGUCAUUUCCUAAUAAUAUUUUGAAGUACGAAGAAGCAGAAGGAGGAAUCUCGUUUUCUGUACAAAAUUUUCCUACAGUCCACACGAACCACGGAAUGAUGAACGAACAUGUCUGGUGGAAUAUAUCUGAAACGGCCAUGGACGCGUUGCGAAACUGGCCCCAUUUUGCAAACGUUCCGAACAAGCGUUCUUUCAUAACGGACUUUCACAGCAGAACAGUCAACGAUUCAACGAAUAAAGGACAAAGAAUUUUUGGUCUUAUCCAUCCGCAAGUUGAUGGCAAGUACACGUUUGCUAUCACAUCAAGUGGCCCAUCUGAGCUUUGGUUGAGUCCGAAUGAGCACCCCGCCUGCAGCCAAUUGAUCGCACGUGUCUACUCGCCUGAUGAGUGGGCCUCCACUUUAAAAGAAGAGUAUAAUAAAUACCAUGGCCAAAUAUCUUGUGAAAUCUCGCUUUACGCUGGCAAGAAAUACUACAUGGAGUCACUUGCAGUGAACAGGCAAAGUUCUGAUGAAACGUUUGUCACGGUUCAUUGGCUGAACACUUCCGCUUCAAAGAACUCGAACUUCAGAAUUAUUUUAUCCAAGUUCUUAUCUCCUUUUAAUGGCACCAAUAGUUUAGAACGAAGUCCCCGCCGGUGCAACAGCGGCACUGAAAGCAAUUUGCAGGAACGAUUUCUUCGUCUGCCACUGAUGAACAGAAUGGAGUACAUGACUUUAUUUCCAACUUGCCGUUACAAUCCCAGUUUCUUGGUGCGAAGAAAGCUCGAACGUUAUCAGGGAGUUUGGCUGACAAUGGGAAAGGAAUCCCUUGUGUUUCCGCAAGACGAUACCGAUAUGUCUAGCAAAGAACAAGUUAAGAAAUGGGCAUCACCCAAUCCUGUAAUAAACAAGAACAGAGUUGAGUGCAUUGUAAACGAGUUUAUGUCCAUUUUACGGCGGAAGUAAGUGGCGUUACUUUCUUAAAAAUUUGACUGAUAUUCAGGGGUAAUUAGUGUGUAUGUGUUUUUUCUUUCAAGUAGAACUUACCAUCACGGCUCCAGCUUUUCUACCUUCAACUACUUCCUCAACUUUUCUACUAUUGUCUAACGGGCAGCAAUCUUUAACGGUGUCAUACUAAGAUGCACGGCUUAAUUCUCUCGUUUUUUUAAUCCGGGUACCCUAGCCUUUAACAGUAAAAUGUUUUUAAAAUUUUUUUGGGUGGGCGGGUUGGUUAGAAACUUACGCAUGAUGUCGAAAUGGAUUAUAUGCGAACAACCCCAGCUGCUUUACAUACAUACCUGCUCCAAAUGUUUGCUAACUGAGGAAGCGUUAGCACUGCGAAAUUAUUAAGGUUAUUAAGAGUUAUUUGAAACAUGACAAUCGACACACGCAAUAAGUUGAUACCUUCUUUGUCGAGCUACCGUAAAAUUCCGAAAAUACGCCCCUCCAUGUAUAAACCCCUCCAAAUAUAAGCCCCCCAAACCGGUAACGCAAAAAACCCUCCGUUAAAUCGCCCUCCAAAUAUAAGCCCCCCGAGGAGCUAGUACUUGGAAAAUUGCCCUCAAAUACAAAGUAAAACAAAGCAAGAACGGUAAAGUUACUUCCAAAGGCUAGCCCAAUCGAUUUCGAAACGCAAAUUUCCCUCCAUAGAUAAGCCCCUCCGUAUACAAGCCCCUCCAAAAAUAAGCCCCUCAAAAAGGGUCUAUGAAAAAUAUAAGCCCCGGGGCUUAUUUUUGGAAUUUACGGUAAUUUUACCAUUGACUAUCAAGUUCGAAUCCUCCAUACAAGCUGCUAGGUUUUUAAACCUUCCUUCAAAGGAUGGUGCUAUUCAUCCUUUGAAGACCCCCUUAGUACCAUUGCAGUACCAGAACUACUUACUAGAUUCAGUAAUGUGGGAGCUGCUUGUAAGGUGUUUCCUCAUUGGUCGCCAGAAAACAAUAACACAUCAUUGUGUAUCGUUAUUUCCCAUUGUUUCACGGUUAGGGUAUCGAGCCAAUUGGCUUUUAGGGUUUUGUGAGCUGCUACCUAACUCAGUCUAGAUCGCUUGACUUUAAGAACGGUCAAAACGCGACCAAAUGCUCUUCCCUGCCCCACCCUGAUGUUCGUCUGUGUAAAACCAGUUAUGUGCUGCUGUAUUUUCAUUUGUUCUUUUUUCAGUGACAUUGUCUUAAAGAAUAUCAAUAACGUGAUUCAAAAACCGGACGCCGAGAAUGGUGAUCGCUUCUUGCUGGAUCUUGAAGUCUCUUUAAAUUGCACCGAUCAAACAUUUAGGUUGACAGAACACGUUUACCAGAAGAAAGAAAGUGGUAGCCUGUGUCUUCCUGAGGGAAUGAUUUGGAAUAACAACGCCACAAUUUAUUUUAUCAUUCCUGUCAAGGAGCAAGGAAAAUGGAUACAUCAUUUCAUCAAACAAGUCACUACUGCAAGUGUAUUGACCGGUGAUACUAAUUUUCACGUCAUUAUCGCUGAUUUUGAAAGCAAAGAUAUUGAUAUAAAAGAAGCAUUCAACACAUCACUUCUCAAUAGGAGGCAUACUGUCGUCCAGUUACGAACUGGAAAAUUUUAUAAGACACUAGCUUUGAACAAGGCUGUUGAAGUCGUACCCAAUGCGCAUGACAUAGUCUUCUUGUUCGACCUGCACAUUGAUGUACCCGUCAAUAUUAUGGAUAGUAUUCGAAAAGUAAGUGUCUCAAAGUGUACGUUUGGGAAUAAAAUUACAUGAAUAGAAAGAUACAAGUGGACUGCUUGCAUUCGGGAAUAGCCACUAUUGCUAGAAGACCUAUUAAACAGGUACUAAUCUUAGGUUCAAAUUGUAACCCACCCGGUUACAAAAGUGAAUGACAAAAUCAAAGCUGAGUUUAAGGACUAAACAAUAUUUUGAAAGUUUUUUGAUGACAUUUAGUCUACUUUUUAAAAAUUGUCUUUGAGAUUGUAGCCCAGUUAUCCUUAGAAAACUCCAUACAAACCCUUCUAAAUAUUUUUGGGUCACCCCCCAAAAAUUAGAAGGGUUUGUAUGUAGUUUUCUGAGUAUAACCGGCUAACAUCUCCGAGAAAAUUUGCCCCGAAAUGCUCAUUUUUGGUAACUAGGCCUCUUUGACAUUGUUCUAUCAAAGUAACCUGACAAAUCCCAUAAUUUCAGAAAUUUCAUUUUUAUGACGUCAUCACUUAGUACUCUAUUGUGGAUAUCUUUUACUUGUUAAUGACGUUAGCCUGAGAGAACAGUCGAUAUUUAGUGACGCUACCACUAGUUUCCCCGCCAAAUGACGUCUGAGAAACGAGCGCAGAAAUUCCAUAUUGAUGACGCGUCACUACCCAGAUCUGGGUAGUGACACGUCAUCAGUAUGGAAUUUCUCCGCUGGUUUCUCAGACGUCAUUUGGUGGGGAAAUCAGUGGUAGCGUCGACAAAUGUCGGCUGUUUUCUCAGGCUAUAAUGACGUGAGUUGUCUCAAGUCUGUACACGGAGACCUAAACUUUCCUGGGCAUACAAUAGCACUAAACAUUCAUUCUGAAGCAGUGAUGUAUAUAUCAUUUUACAGAACACCAUAGCUGGUAGAAUGGCGUAUUUUCCUAUAGUUGGUCGCCUUAAUUGUAACAGUGAUCCAAAGGAACAUCGAGGGUUUUGGCAAAUGAACGGGUUUGGUCUUAUGGCGAUGUACAAGUCAGACUGGACAAAAUUAGGAGGUAUGCAAUAUGUGAAACUAAAAACUGCAGCUUAAGUUAUUUGGUCUGCUUCAAUGGUUUGGAAAAGACCAGGAGGGAGUCUUAAAAGUGACUCGUCUGAAGGGUGCAAGGCAAGAUCCAGUGUGGUAUCUUAACGAAAGUUUGAAGUGUUAGUUAGAAUUAGAAGCAGGAGCCACGAACGGAAUACGUGUGCUGGUGCCAGUUCUCUUACAUUAACCGGUGGUUGAAUUGCGAAAACCAAAAGUAAGAUUGGACGUCAGCAUUACCGCUUGAGUGUAUGUAUGAACUCAUCCCUAACCCUAAUCCUAACCCUAACCACCCAGACCAAUGAAGGCACAUAUAAGAUAAACUACUAGGACACCGAUGUAAAGAGUGUUUUCACAUGACUUCACGAUGGCCAUAUUGGUGUUCCAAAGCAAUGAAAUGGCGGCCUGCUGGUGUACCAAGACAACCCUGUCGGAAUUGAACUCUUUUCUUAUGUAAAAACUUUCUUUUGUUCCAAUGAAUUAGCAUAGAUGCUGGCCACGUGAGUGAAAACGCUCUAUAUUUCCUCAGCGAUUUGAAAAAUGUCAUGAGCUUUUUUAUGCUCGCUUUUAAUGAACGUGUAAGGGUGAAUGAGACGAGGCCGAAGAUCUAUGCUUACUCCGCAACGACAUGCAUGUACGAUUUUGCAGGUAUUACUGAUAAUUGAAUUAAAUUACAAACGAGAAAAAACAACCCUUUUACUUACCAGUUAUUUUAAAAGUUGCUUCAGUUUGUCUCUGAUCUAUUUGUUUGAAAAACUUAUCUUUGCCCAAACAGGAAUGAACACUUCAGCCUACCAAUACAAAUGGGGCGGAGAAGACUGGGAUCUAAUCGAUCGCGUCUUGAUGAUGUCACUUGAAGUUGAACGAAUCAAGCACCCAGGCCUCUAUCAUCACUGUCAUCCAAGACAAGGGAUGUGGAGUUAG